AGUUGAAGUUUUUUUUUUUCUUUUUUUUUCACAGUAACCACAUUGUUUUUCUCAUUAUUAUCAUAAUAAUUAUUUAAAAAAAAAAGCAAUCAGUUUUAUUAUUUAUUUAAACAAUUAACUAACGAAAAAAAAAAUAAUUAGUAACUCAAAAUUGUAAAAAGAGUUAUCACAUACAAAUCAAUAAAGUGAUUUUAUUGAUAAAAUAAUAAUUUAAAAGGAUUACGAGUUACGAGAGAUGGUGAAUUUAUGAUUUGAUGAAACAUCAACAUUCAACAUCAGUGGACAGUGUGCCGUCCAAGUCGCACCAAGUAACAUCAAAGUAAUUUUUCAUAUCUAAAAUAAAAAACAUAAUAUUACACACAAACAUUUACAAAAAUUAUCAAAUAUUCUUAUCACAAAAGUCACCAGGGAGUGACUCAAAAAAUAAAAAACAACCGUCACAAUCAUCUUAAUAAAUAAAAACGAAAUAAUAUCAGUUAAAAAAAAAAAAAUUUAUAAAUAAUAUGGAGCAGCAAAUCAUCGAGUUGAGAGAAAAUUUUUUUGAAAAACUAGAAAAAGAAAGUCCAUCUAAUGAAACUGGAGGUUUUCAUCGAGAUGAUAUAACAAGAAUAAAAACAAGAGAUGAUUGGUUAAAACGUUUUAUCGAACACAACGAGGGCAAUGUCCAGGAGUCAUUAUCAAUGUUAUGGUCAACAUGUGAAUGGCGACAAAAAGUCAAUGCAAAUGAAUUAAAUGAAGAUAAUGUUAAUCGUGAUUAUUUAGAAAGUGGUGUUUGUUAUUCAUAUGGAAAAGAUAAAGAUGGAAAAACAUUAUUUAUAAUUAAAUCAAAAUUACAUACUAAAAAUGCACGUGAUUUUAAUGAAUUACAAAAAUGUAUUAUCUAUUGGUUUGAACGUCUUGAGAGAGAAGGAAAUGAUCAAAUAUCUCUAUUUUUUGAUAUGUGUGAUGCUGGUUUAUCAAACAUGGAUAUGGAUUUUACAAGAUAUCUUAUUAAUUUAUUUAAACUUUAUUAUCCAAAUUUUUUAAAUUAUAUUAUUCUACUUGAUAUGCCAUGGGUAUUAAAUGCAGCUUUAAAAAUUAUUAAAUCAUGGCUACCACCAAAGGCAAUACCAAAAAUAAAACAAGUUAAUAAAACAAGUCUUAAAGAAUUUGUUGAUUCAUCAGUUGCCCUAAAAAGUUGGGGUGGUACAAAUGAUUAUGUAUUUCAUUUUGAGCCAGAAAUAAAAAACAUGACGAAUGGAAUUAUUAAUGGAAAAUUGGAAAAUAAAAAAGUACAUUUUGCUGAAGGUUCACCAAUUGUUGAACAACCAAGUAGUGGAUUUGUUGAUAGAUCACCUGAUGAAUCAAUGCUUGGAAUUGUACCGGAUGUUAUAUCAUUUAACAGAGAAGGACAGGAAAUUAUUGGUACACUUUUGUUGAAGAACCAGACAACUGAUAAGUGUUUAUCAUACAAGAUUAAAACAACAGCACCAGAAAAAUUUCGUGUUCGUAAAAGUACAGGAACAUUGUUACCAGCUCAACAAGUUACUGUAACUGUUUCAUUGCAGACUGGUUUUAAUUUAGGCACACUUUUACAUAAUGAUAAAUUUUUGGUAAUGUGUUUACCAAUGAAAGACUCAAAAAUGAAUGGCGAAGAGUUGGCUGAUUUUUGGAAGACAAAUGGAAAAAAUGCUGAACAACAUCGAGUUUGGUGUCGUGAUGGAGUUAACGAAACAACUUCAAUAUUGUCACAAGGUAGUCCAAAUCGCAACAUUGAAACUUUACACUCCAAGAUAACUCACCUGGAAGAGUGUCAUUCAAAACUUCACAAAGAAUUGAGAACAGUCAAACAUGUCAUGAUGGUGUCAAUAAUUUGGACAGUGAUUGCAGCAAUCGCAAUUGUUUACAUUGUAAGAUCUGACAUUGGACAAUUUCUUGGUGGUGAUCAGAGUUGUCACGUUCAUCCAGAAUAAUAUGAGGCCUAUGAUUGCUAGUCUAUACAUUUAUAUAAAUUUAAAACAGUUGAGAAAAAAUAUAUAUAAAAGGGGAAAGUAAAAUAAUAUUUAAAUUGUGUAUCUUUAUUUUACUUGAAAUUUAAUUUCGUAAACUUUCUUUGUUAAUUUAAUUAAACUACGUCAAAUAUUUGUAACGUGUAAAUAUUCACAUCAUUCCGUUCUUAUAAAUAUAAAUUUUUUUCUGCAUAAAAAUUAACUGUUAAUCAGAAAAAAAAAUUAUAAUAACUUGACAAAUUUAUUUGCACAGAGAUAAAAUAUUUUUGUAAGUUUUUUAUGCAAAAAGUUAAAAAAAGAAAUGAAGAAAAUUGAUGAUACAAGAAAUUCAAAACCCCAUAAACAUUUUUUAAAAAUUUAUAUUUAUUAUUAUUAUUUUUGGUUAACUAAAAAAUUAUUAAGACAAUGUUGACUCGCUAUUUUUCUCUUUCUCUUUCUCUCUUUUGUUUGAAUAAAAUAAUUAUAACAGAUAAAUUAUUAAUAAAGUUAUUCGAGUUGUGAAAUUCCUAUAUAUUUUAUAAUUAAGAAAAAAAAAAUAUAAACAGUUCAAGUAUAAUUAAUGAUUUGUAAUUUAUUUCUAAAGAAAAAAAAAAAUAUAAAAAGAAAAAAAAUAUA